AUGGCUUCGAAUUUCCUUUUCCCAAGUUCUGACGAUGUCUGGACUACCCUCGCGAAUCCUACUCCCACGCGGCGCUUUCCUAAGGCCCAAGAAACAUCGCCUUCCGCUUCGAACCCCGGCCACGAUCCUGAGGACAGUCUCUUCGAGCGACUUACUAGUGGAUCUAAGGCUGGCGUCGCCAUGGCUAUUGUCAUCGGCGUCGUCGUGGUCAUAAUACUUUCGGCGUGGUUCUGCUGCAAUUGCUGUGGUCUGAGGAAGAGGAGGAACCCUCCGCACAACAACCCCCGGGUCACUAAUGUUAUGCCGCUACAUACGAUGCAGAACCGCGUUCCGCCUGUGCCAGUUGCUACACAUCCGCCUGGGGAGGCACCUCCACCAGCAUAUGAAGAAGUAGUGCGGCCUCAACACCCCAGAGUCAUGACAGACGUACCGCAUACGAGGGAAGAGGAUGCCGGAGUGAUUUCCGAUGGGAAAACGCCUCUGAGCGAGAUACCUUUUGAGGAUGUUGUUCUUGAUCAUGCGAGCUCUCAGAGUUCGUCAAGUAGGACGUUUGAGCAGAAUCACCACGGGUUUGGCGGAGACACCAGGGGCCAUACGAAUUCAUGA